AUGUCAAAGAAAGUGGUGGUCAAAGUUCACAUUCAGGAUAACAAAGACAAACAGAAGGCUAUGAAGGCAGUUUCUAGCCUCUCAGGUGUGGAGUCCUUAGCCAUUGACAUGAAGGAGAAGAAGCUAACUGUAGUGGGGGAUGUGGACCCGGUCGAGAUCGUGAGCAAACUGAGAAAAUUCUGGCACACGGACAUACUCACGGUGGGGCCAGCCAAGGAGCCCGAGAAGAAAAAGGACGACGCCAAGAAGGACGACAACAAAAAGGAGGACAACAAGAAGAAAUUAGAAGAGUACGGCAAGAAGAAGGUUGAGAGUGAACAAAUGGCGGCGGAGCUGAUGAAGAUGUACAAGAAUCACUACAACCAUUACAGUUACAAUAACCCUUAUAAUAAUUAUACACAAUACUACCGAGUAUACAGUGCCGAGGAAAAUCCUAAUUCUUGUGUUAUUUGCUGA